AUGUGUAUUGUGUCAUUGGCUGCUGCUGAUAUAUUAGUGGCUGGAUGUGUGCUGCCAUUUAACAUAGCAGGUGUCGUACUAGGAGAGGUGUACUUCUACCACAGAGUCAAAUUAUGUGAAUUUGUAGGAACAGUGUGUUAUAUAUCGUGCUCUUGUGCAUAUUGGUGUAUAACUGGCCUAGCAGUGAACCGGAUGAUAUUAGUUUGCUCUCCAAAGCAAUACAGGCGCAUGUUUACUUGGAGAACCACGCCAAUCUUCGCUUUUAUACCAUGGUGCAUUUCCGUACUCACUAUGAUACCAAUAUUCAUAAGCUGGGGUGGUAUGGAAUUUGACCCAGAGGCCAUGACAUGUGUGUUUGACGUUGAUGAUAUGCCAUCCAAUAUGUUCGUUGGUGCAGUACUAUGUGUGUCUGUCAGUCUUUCCUUUGUGUCUAUCAUCGUCGCACAUCUCAGAAUAAAAGCGAAGAGGCAGCAGUUGACCACGAUAGCUCCUUAUAUAUCAUUGAUGAAUGCUACCGCGAGGGCCGCGAGUGAUGCUAGAGCAAAUGAUAAAAACUACAAUACGGAAGACAUCGCAAAAGAGCUUCGACAAGAAAUUGAUGAUAUUGCGAUGACUGAACGAUUGCUAACGGGCAUCUUCAUUUCCUUGUUGAUAUGGUUACCUUGCCUUGUUGCCUUCCUGUCACACCAUAUCAUGAAUUAUGGGAGAGACUUUUGGGCGUUUGCUUUUUUACUUGGUCAUAUGCAACCAGGAUUAGAUUGUUUGUGUUACGUCAUAAUCAGCAAGUACUUUAGGAGGGGCUAUAAGAACACGAUAAGUUUGAUUUUCUGUUGCAAAAAGAGACAGGAGUAUACUACCGUCGCUACCGUUGCUUGA